CUUUGCAGGUGCAUGUGCUCUGAUGGCUCUGUACACACCUGCACUUCACAGAGCUCAGAUUUUCAUCUGUUUAGCCGAGGUCUCUUGAGGAUAGUUUCUGAAUUUGCUACCUGCAUGUUAAGGAGGUAGAAGGGAGGUACUGUAUUUGUACACCUGUAUGUGUGAUGUGAGGUGAUGAUUUAUGCUCUUACCCCUUCUGGAGUAUAUCGUACAGAGGGAGGGACUUUCUUCAGGUGUCUGCUGACUGUAGGGCAGAUUCUCACAAUAGGAAUGUCUUACCUGUGAGGGAGCUUGGAAUCUGGCUGUUGGCUUCUGUGUCGUGACAUACCCUUGCCUUAAACAACUCACCUGUUUUCGUCUUCGGCAGAAAAUGCGUCUCAGCAGGAUCUGCGGGAAGACUUUCUGCAACGUCCUUCUACUGGCAAUCUUUAUGGUAAUCUUUGCCAUGGUGCAGAAGGUCAUCCUCCAAAGUGCCUUCACUGAAAAGACAGCCCGGGACAUAUCCGGCGAGCGCGUCUACGUCCGUGGACACAUUUCCGUCUGGACCGGGGGCAGGAAUGAGUCGGUCACUGAACACAAGGUGGUCAGAGCCUGGGAUGUGACAGAUGCCCACUGCUCGGCCAACACCAGCCUGGCUGCCUUGCCGUGGUUUGCCGAGGUGGGCGAGCGCACCCAGCAGUUCCUGCUGUACCGACACUGCAGGUACUACCCUAUGAUCUUUAACCACCCAGAGAAGUGUGAAGGGGACGUCUACCUCCUUCUAGUCAUCAAGUCCAUGAUCCCUCAGCACAGACGCAGAGAGGCCAUCCGGAAGACCUGGGGUGAACAGAAGAAGGUGAAUGGCAAGAAAGUCAGGCUGGUCUUCCUGGUGGGGGCAGCCACCCUGGGCGAAGAGCACGUCCACCACCAGAAACUCCUGGAGUACGAAGACAGGCUCUUUGGGGACAUCCUGCAGUGGGACUUUAAAGACACCUUCUACAACCUGACCCUGAAGGAAGUCAAUUUCCUGAAGUGGUUCUCCACCUACUGCCCCAACGUGCCGUUUGUCUUCAAGGGCGAUGACGACAUCUUCGUCAACGUGGAGAACAUCGUCGAGUUUCUGGAAAAAAACGGCAGCAAUCCGGACCUUAUUGUGGGGACACUCCUCUACACCUCCCCGCCCGUCAGAGAGAAGAAUAACAGAUACUUCGUCCCCGCCGAGAUGUUCAAUGAGACCUUUUACCCACCGUAUCUCAGUGGAGGGGGGUACCUCAUGGCUGGGCCCCUGACUGUGAGGCUGCACCUGGCCUCUGAGCGCGUGGACCUCCUGCCCAUUGACGAUGCCUUCGUGGGCAUGUGCCUCAGAGUGCUCCACGUGAGCCCCAAGGAGCACAGUGGCAUCAAGCCUUGGGGGAUCCAUGAGCCUGGCAAAAAGAACGAGCUCAGCAAAAACCCCUGUUUCUAUCGGGACCUGCUGAUGGUCCAUAGGUUCACCCCCGGAGAGCUGCUUCUCAUGUGGAAAAUAAUGAAGAGCGAUGUCAUCUGCUCGCGGGUAAAACACUUCGGGUAGAGGCUCGAGGUCAGAGCGAGCCAAAGUGCCUGCUCUGACCUCCUCCCGUGGGGAAGAUCACCUCCAAGUCUGCAGGCAGGUGGGAAAGACCCCACUGAGGUGGCAAAUGUGGCAGGGGGCCUAGCGUGCGAAAACUCCAAACCAAAUCCUAUCUUAAACCCGAGGCAGCGAUUCCCUCACCCCGUCAAUUCUGUUUGGCCAGGUACACUCAUUCCCCUCCUUCUUUUUAACAGCGUCCCGACACAGAAAGCAACCGAGGCCGAUAUCCAGUCAUAGCCUCGUCUACAGUAUAUACUGACGGAGCAUGUCACCGGCGACAGCACUCUCCAAACAGAUAUCUUCCCAAGAUGCUCAGUACGCACUCUUCGUACUCUGUCUAUACAGGGAUCCGGCCACGGUGACCGGCCCAGGUGCAGCCAGUUCAUUGGUUUCCUUUAGGAGACUGUGAGAAAUGCACUUCUCUCCAUGUGCCGUCACAGCUGUCUGGCGACUCAACCCCAUCUCCAUCUGUCUGCCCUGCUACAGCAGAGAAAGCCCCUCACUUCUGAAACUGAAGCACUGUUGAAGAAAAGGAACUGCUGUACAGAUAUAAACACCUGCAGCUUAGCUUAUAACGCUGAAAACAGCACCAUAACGGCAUUCAGGCACGUAUCCAUUUGUCCUGUACAGCCCACCGUGUCUGAACAAGCAGAGCAGAGUGCUGUGGCCUUGUGGGACAGAGAGAUCAGGCUGACAGAGCUGCAGACACACCUCGCUUUGAGAUGUGCUGACGAACAGCUCACUUGCUCCUCGAGGCACCAAACUGCAGAGGUGUCGAAUUUAAAAAAUCACCAUCGACCCAGAAUGAUAAAAAAAUGACAUCAUAAUUAUGAUAAUUAUAUGUUGUUUUUUUUAAAUGACAGACGUCUUAAAGUGUCUUUAAUAAACACUGGGGACACAUCAGCACUCAGCAGCACACACCCAGAAAGGCAGCUUCUCCUGUACAUGAACUGUUCCAGAAUAAUAGCGCUUGGAAACAAAGUCCUGCUGCUCCCGACAGCAGAUGAGUAUUUUGGGGAAAAGCACCCGAAGUGGUGCAGUGAGUAGUGGUUCAUUUAAUAUUCACACGACAUCCAGAAGUAAAGAAAAGCUUAAUCCAUUGAAUCAGCUAAAGUAAGAAAACUAAUUGUUUCAGAGAAAAGAAUGUCAGCAGUUGCAUGUCAAUUUGCUUAAAUGGUAUGACGCAAAUGCAAGUGCCGAGCAAUUUGUUUUUUUCACCGGGGUUAGUUAGUGCACUGAUUCUAAAUCAGGAUAAUCAAACACUAAUCACUAGUCAUCACUUGUCCUCCUGACUCUCACAAUAUAAGAAAGAAUGGAACUUGUGCCACAACCCUGGCACUGCACAGCCUCUGGCUAAGCAGAAAACGCCCUUUAUGUUUUACAAUCUUGCAGUUUUACAGCCGAUGUUCCACUGAGCCACACCUGCUGCAUGCCUCUGUACCCACCUCUGUAGAGUGAAUUCCUAGCUGAGACAGGGUAGAAUUUGCAAAAUUCCAGUCAUGCUGUCUCUAACACCUGAGGAUUAAGUGCUGAAAUAAAUAAAGACUCAACAGGACAACGCGAGAAUGUACACGAAAAUACAUAAAAGAAUUUACUUGGAAGUGAAAUUCAACCAGUCUAACCCAGUGGUUCCCAUUGCAUUUCGUUCCAGCCGAGCCCUCGGUUACGCAACCAAACCCUUCACUGACUUAAUAAUAAUAAUUAGAUUAAUUGUAACUGUUUGUUCCCAACUCUGAAACAGGUUGGAGGUUUAACUGCUGUAUUUUGUAAGUGAAAUGAAAUCCCAUAGCACUAGAAACUACAUACAUAUAUUUAAUUGAAGCAACGUCUUGGAUCAAGUGAGGCUUCAGUGUUCUAAUGGAGGUAGGCUGGAAUGAAAACCAGCAGGUGUGUGGGGCACCAGGACCAGGGUUGGAAACCACUGUUCUAAAAGCUUGUUAUGCAGGCCGAUCAGUAGCUUCAAUACCAUUUUAAUGUACCUUGGGAUGAAGUUGUGUAUUAACCACUGGUAUCUUGUCUUUAGGUACUGUAGGUUAUCGAUCAGUUGUGCUAACUCUAAGGUCUUGCCCUGUUUCUUGGUUCUGCUUGGGUUGUAUAAGGCCCUGGGCUCAUAGGUAUAGGUCCACUGUCUGCCAUUUUACAGGCAUGCUUUAUGGGGGGAGUUUUGUUCUCAAAUUUCUGUUAUUUUCAUUUCUGAGACUGUCCUCAUUGUGAGAAACAGUAUUUUCAUGUAACCAUUGCAACCUUUCCUCUAUUUCGUUUUUCAAAUGUCUAUUCUUUCGUAUUCUUGUGGAACCUGUUUUCGUAUCUUGUUUUCCGUUUGAGCUGUCAGGGUGAAUAUUUCUGAAGAUGCAUAGGAGGUGUGAAGGGCGAGUCUGAACUUUUGUCCAGUAGAGCAGAAUACAAUAAACUACUGCUGACAAUCAUUGUGACAGGCAGAGUUCAGUUUCCCCAUUGCUGAGGUACAUUCCAUCUGUGUAGGAGGGCAUCUAAAGUGGACCUUGUCUGGUGAGAUGGGAGCAGAACUUUCAUGAAAUGUUAUACCAUAUUUGUAAAUGAAAAGAAAAAUAAAAAAUUCAUUUGA